AUGCACGUGGUCAUUUGGGCCAGGAGCCCCAGAACCUCCUCAGAAGAGCGAGUGCCCACCCAGCAAAGCGCGGGCCAAGGCAGGUUCCAAACCGACGCCCAGCGGGUCCCGGUGGACAGCAGGUGUCACCGUUCCCCAGCCAGCUCCGGGUGCCUCGCGCGCUCUCUAAACUUGUGCGCUCGGAGCCGCGGCCCCGCGGGGCGCCUGCACCCUCCUACUCAUCGACAGCGCGGCCCUGUGUGCCGGGGGUCCCCGCGUGCCAGCGGCGGCCGGGCCCCGGGUGGAGUGGGGCGGGGGGGGAUGCGCCCCAGGUGGGCGCGCGAACCCGCGGCGGAGGUGAGGCCGCGGCCGGCGCUUCCAAGCCCCGCCCCUUCGCCUGGCUGGGUUUUGGGAGCGCCGGGCGGCGCGGCUCGAGGCGGAGGCGCUCGCACCGUGGCGGCGGCUCCGGCGCCCGCCCGGAUCCUGGCUCGCCGGCACUCCCGCGUGCAGCUCUGCUUCGUCACCGAGGAGCAGCUCUACGCCGCGGGGCCGCUCUCGCUCCCCUAUCCGAGCUCUCUGCGGCUGGAGGUGCACCCGGCGGGGGAGGAGGCGGAUGCGACGGUGACCGACGGUGAGCUGCUGGCGAGUCCGAAGGGCUCCGAAGGGGCGGCCCUGGGCCGGCGCGCGUGGGGUGGGGCCGAGGGCUGCGGGGUGCGCUCAGGCCCGGGGUCGCGUCUCCUGGUCCUGAGAGGGUGUGCACCCCCUGCCCACGAAGGCUUGGCUUGCGGGACUGCCGGGCUAUCGCGCCAGUUCCCCAAAGGCCCACCUGAUAGCCUCUGUGUCUUCAGAUGCUCACUCAGCAGGGACACUGAAUGUUGCUAUGUGGAGAAGGAGUCCAUCUUGAUUACUCUGGGCUACCACAGUGCUUUGCUGAAGUUUGCGUCUCAUGCUGAGUUCAGUGCAUUUUCAAAUACCUUGCGAAGAUACCAGUGUGAGAAAAAGGAACAUUCGGUGUUCAGCUUCAGCCAGCGGACAGAAGAGGUGUCUGCUGCACAGUACUUCGAGUUUUAUGACUGCCUUUCCCAGCAGCAGAAGCGAGAUUUUGUGAUGACAGCCACUUACCACAGAGCCAUCCUCCAGAACCACACUGACUUUAGAAAUAAGGUUGUUUUGGAUGUUGGUUGUGGAUCAGGAAUACUGUCAUUUUUUGCUGUACAAGCUGGAGCUCUUAGAGUCUAUGCAGUUGAGGCCGGUUCUGUAGCACAAUAUGCUGAGAUGCUAGUGGAAAGUAACAACCUUUCAGACAAGAUCACUGUUUUGCCAGGGAAAAUUGAAGAAAUCUCACUUCCUGAGCCUGUAGAUGUGAUCAUUUCAGAACCAAUGGGAUACAUGCUGUUCAAUGAAAGGAUGCUGGAAAGUUACCUUCAUUCCAAAAAGUGGCUGAAAACAAAUGGAAUGAUGUUCCCAACAUUCAGUGACAUCCACUUGGCCCCCUUUUCUGAUGAGCAGCUAUACAUGGAACACCGCUCCAGAGUCAACUUUUGCAAUCAGUUAGGAACAUUCUUCAGGGUCAGCCUGUCCAGUCUCCAGGGUGCCGCAGUGGAGGAGCACUUCAGACAGCCAAUAGUGGACACAUUUGACAUUAGGAUUUUGAUGGCUCGGACAGUCAAGCACAUAGUAAACUUUAUGGACGCGCAAGAGGCAGACCUCCACGGAGUAGAAAUUCCCUUUGUGUUUCAGAUGCGCAGCCUGGCCUUCUGGUGUGACAUGGCCUUUGUUGGCUCUCAGGUAACCGUUUGGCUGUCAACAGACCCCACUGAGCCUCUGACUCACUGGCAUCAGGUGUGGUGUCUUCUUCAGACUCCCCUCUUGGCCACGGAAGGAGAGACCCUCUUGGGGAGAGUGCUGUUUCUCGCCAAUGAGCAACAGAGCUGUGACAUUCAGAUCAUGGUACUGGUAAACCAGACGGGCUUCAGGUCUGGGAACACCCUCAAUUUAAAGAAUCCUUUCUUUAGGUAA